AUGUUGAUGUGUUCCUGCGAAAAAGUGGAUUUUAACAUCACCCCUCGCACCGUCGCUCGGCUUGUCUUCGAGGCCGAGCAGGAUAACAGAAACGGAGGAAACUCGUCAAAUGGGAGGUAGGAGUUUAUAACUUCAGCCGCCGCGGUCCUAUGAUGCAAAGUUGCUGUAUCUGUGGAAAGAAUCGCCCGAUUUUUGUAUGUGUGCCUUUUUUGUCUUAGGGGUGGUCAAAUGCACAUAAAUCUACCUUCAUUGUUGGGCUGCGGUGUUGAGUGAUGAGUGUCUUAGAGCAACAUGAACAACAGCAACAAGUUAGUUGACGAAAUGGCUCAUAGGCGAUCAUCAAGUGGUUGGGUUUUUUUGCUGUUUUCUGCAACAGAAAUCGCCACUGUUGGGUGUGUGAUGUUGUUUGGUGAAGUCUAAAGAUGUUCCGUGUUUAAUGGGGUAAAAAAAGAUGAGGCGUGUAUGGACCUAAGAGAGAAGGCUGCACGGGGAUUAUAGUGGAUUACUGUGGACAAACAAGUCUGUGCCAAGAUUGUUCUUGUUCAAACAGAUCACAGCAAAUACUGUCAGACGUGCUCGGGCCCUUUGCCUUGGAAGUGCCUGCUUUGAAGGCAAACAAUGGAGUGACACACACACACACAAGCCUUCCCUGUUGGAGGACACAUCUGCAGUAUGUUUUCAUGUAAAUAUAACCUUUAUAGCAUCUAGCUGCCAUUAGACUUUGUUACAGGCUGUAUGGGUGAUGGAUUUUAAAGUAGUGUUGCCUUUGUUUGGUAAAAGUUGUGUGGAUUUGUGUUUUUUCUCUGUGCAGUUUCUGGCGUUUAGGUUUCUUUCUGGCACUGAUUUGCAAUGCGAAAACUAGGGGAUGAAAUAGGCCUGGGCGAUUUGGCAAAAAAAAAAAAAAAAGGAAUCAGGAUACAUUUUGUCAUAUCAUUCAAUCUCGAUUAUUAUCACCAUUUUUUUUUAACUGUCUGUUUUAAAGCAUCUGUACUAAAAACUAAGGAAACUAGAGAUUAGUUAAACUUUUUAUUAACAUACAAAGUAAAUAACAAAAUAAAUUGAAUAAGAUACAUUUAGAAAAAUAUAACAAAAUAUUUUAAUUCAACAGUACAACAAAUAUAGAUAAAUACUAGAUAAUACAGUGAACUAGUUUACAGUCCUUAGUUUUUGCAGGUACGCAAGACCCAAAAUAAACAAAUUGCCCCCUCAGAGAUAAUGAAACGCCUUAAAAUGUAAACAUUAGAUGAUGUAAACGUAAAUGAUAUGAGUAAUCACUGCCUAGGUCUGGUGGCUGCACUGCUAGUUGUGGCUAAACUGCUAACGCUACUCGUGCCGUCAGCAGUGACAGGCUGUACAGACUUCGCUCACAUUUCCAUGCUUUCCACAUAAUUACUCGGGUUUUCGAGGGCACCGAUCGCCGACAUACCUUGCUCAUCAGCUUAAUUACUUGACAUCACUUUGGAGAUACCCGAACCACCACCACAUAGACGUUGAAUAACUUCUCAACAAUAACAUCUUCGGAGGAUGACUCAAAGUCACGGCUGACAUCUAUUUUGCUGCCCUCAGCUCCGCGUUUAGCUCCAUGUUCGGUUAUCCUGUUUACCUCUCUGGUAACUUACAGAAGUGAGCAGGAAAAGCUCGACUCUGAUUGGCUGUUGUGACGCACAUUUCCGCUAUGUUUGAUCGAGUAAAUAUGCUCUCAGCUGAUCACUGUGAUCGAACUGAAAUUGAUCACGAUCAUUGAUCACGAUCAUAUAAUCGCCCAGUCCGAGGUUGAAAUAUCUCUGAUUCUGUCUGCUUGUAAAUGCACAGUGACUUUUAUUAAUCACUAAGUUGUGGCUGUUUCAGAGUAACUUGAAGGGAGAACAAGUUCGUUGUGCUAUUCAAAUGGACUAACAAAAAAUAUCCCACCAUUCAAAUACUCUAUCUACAGUGGAUAUAAAAAGUCUACACACCCCUGUUCAACUGCCAGGUUUUUGUCAUGUAAAAAAAUUAAAUCAAGAUAAAUAAUUUCACAACUUCUUCCACCUUUAAUGUGACCUAUAACCUGUACAAUGCAAUGGAAAAACAAAACGAAAUCUUUCAGGGAGGUGAAGUAAAAAUACACAACUGAGAUCAUCAACAGCAACACUGAAGGAGCUGCAGGAAUUUCUGGCAAGUACUGGCUGUGUAGUACAUGAGACGACAAUCUCCCCUGUCUACAUAUGUCUGGGCUAUGGGGUAGGGUGGCACGACGGAAGCCUUUUCUUAAUUUUGCAAAAGACAUCCGAAAUCUCCCAAACGCAUGUGUGAAAAUAUGUUAUGGUCUGAUGAAACCAAAGUUAAACUUUUUGGGCAUCAUUGCUAAAGGUGUAUUUGGCGCAAAAUCAACACUGCUCAUCACCAAUAGAACACCAUACCUACAGUGAAGCAUGGUCGUGGCAGCAUCAUGCUUUGGGGCGGUUUUUCUUCAGCUGGAACUGGUGCCUUAAUCAGGGUGGAAGGAAUUAUGAACAGAUCUAAAUACCAGUCAGUGUUGGUACAAAACCUUCUGCCUUUUGCUAGAAAGCUGAAAAUGAAGAGGAACUUCAUCUUUCAGCACGACAAUGACCCAAUGCACACACAUCUAAAUCAACAAAAGAAUGGCUUCACCGGAAUAAGAUUGAGACUUUGGAAUGGCCCAGCCAGAGCCCAGACCUGAAUCCCAUCAAACAUUUGUGGGGUGAUCUGAAGAGGGCUGUGCAUAGGAGAUGCCCUCGCAAUCUGUCAGAUUUGGAGCGGUUUUGCAAAGAAGAGUGGGCAAAUAUUUCCACAUCAAGACGAGCCACGCUGAUAGGCUCCUACCCAAAAAGACUGAGUGCUGUAAUAAAAGCCAAAGGUGCUGCAACAAAGAAUCAGUUUAAGGGUGUGCAUAUUUAUGCAACUAGGUUAUUUUAACUUUUCUGUUUUUUAAUUUUUCCCCUUAAAGGUUUAAGUUUGUUUUUCAAUUGCAUUGUACAGGUUAUAAUCACAUUAAAGGUGGAAAAAAAUGUGAAAAUAUUUAUCUUGCGGUCAUUUUCUUAAAACCUGGCAGUUGAACAGGGGUGUGUAGACUUGUUAUAUCCACUGUAUCAACCCUCUUGCAGGAAUGUACUUGAUACCAAAUCCCUAUCAUCGUUAUCUGAUACCUCAUAUUCCCAGCACUGUAACAAAGACCCGACAGAAAUAGUCCUGGUCAAACAAUCUUUUGCUUUUCUUGGGAGUUUAAUAAUUCAUAUUCAAGGCGAUACAUUUUAAAUGGUAGUUCGACUAGCUAGCCUUUUAAAUGCAAAAGUUUCUCCUCUUUUCACUUCUCAGGUAGGUACUCCCAGACACAGAUCUGUCUCUGUCUCUUGAAAAGAUGAGCCUGAUAAUGCAAAUGCAAGCUUGAAGUGGAGAGCUGAAGACAGAGUGUGACACUGGACAUUUAAAGAGAUGUACAGAGGAGGAGGAGGAGGGGGGCUGAAAGACACAAGCUCAAAACACGGAAAAAAAGAUGAGUGAGCAUUUUCACUGUCAGCCUUGAGCCUUCACAUAUGCUGAGUGGAUAACUAGGAAUGGAUUGCUGAGGAACACACAGGCCUGUGAAAUUACCUGGAAGGACUCCUCCUUACUUCAACACUCAUUGGCACUUUGUUUUUGAUUGUGGAGGGAAUGUACUUCACUUCCGUCUCAUGAACUGUACAGUGUUUCAUCAAGAAUGGUGAAAUUGGCUUCUUUGGUGUGAAGACAUUUCCUCUGUCGUUCAGAGGAAAUAAGGAAAAAAACUGAAUCAUCUUCAGUUGUUUUCACUGUUGCUUGAUAAGUCAGACCUCGUUGAGCAACCCUGAGUUGAAUGAAUUGAUGGCCUGGAGGGAGGACUUGGUGUGCUCACUCUACCCCAACAAAAUUUCAAACGCAUGACUCUAACAUAUUGGUCAGUCAUGGGUCAGUCUCAGCUCCAAGAAAUGCAACAUGCCCUCGCCGUGACUGAAAGAGAGAAUUAAGGUCUGAUGAUGACUAUGUCCUCUCCAGCGGGACCAGAAGGUAUUACUCUGUCACAACCUGUCCCAAUUCCAACGCUGACUGUCCUGCCGCCGUCCUCGGACACAGAGUCCUGGUCUCGCUCACCCAGCCCCAGACUGGCUCGCUCCAGCCGGCACGGCCGAUUCCAUCGCAGCAGGACCCGAACUAAGAAACGAAAUGAGGAAGAGCAAGGGUGCUCUCCUAAACAGCAAUGGGGUAAAACAAUUGUAAUGGAAGAGAAUGCAGAGAAGGAGACUUCUCGACAUCGGAGCCCUUCGCCCUCCCCCUCUGCAGCCGGUCAGAUAGAAGGGGUAGAGCAAGGUCAGGACAGCCCUUCUCAGGACCUCCUCCUGCCACCAUCUCGCUCCUGGUCUCGUAGUCCCUCUCCCAGCCGGCGUUCCCGCUGGUCCCUUAGGAGCCUUCUCAACAGAGACUCUGACUGGGAUAGCUGCAGGUUAGUGAGCUGGAUUCAUCCCCAAAAAACGGUUUGAUUUAACAGAACACGAGGAAGGAGAUCAUGAAAGAAAGUGUGUAAGUGCAGCUUGAACUUACUGCCUUCAUUCAUUCAUUCAGCUGACAGAUUCCUCUUUGCAAAUAGGCUCACUUAUCUUACAGCAGCACGUCAGGGUCAUUGGCUUAGAACAGAGUGUCCACAUCAGCAGUGCUGUGUUUGCUUGUCUCAUGGGUAUUCUCUGCUUUUAACUCUGUAAAACCUCAGCCAAUUUACAUUCAGGCCUUCUGAGACCAGAUUCCUGCCUGCUUUGACUGACAGACUCGUGUAGCAUCUCACUUGAAAAUGCUGGUGGGCAGUAAAAAGGCCUUAGAUCUGACAGACUUGGGCUUAGUUGCUUUUUUCUCCAAGUGGCACACGAGGUAAGCUAUUUUUAAACAGGCUGGAGAUAAUUAGCUAAUGGCUAAAACUAGCAAGGACAGAUUACCCAGUUAAAAUCCCGAUUAAGUUGAUUAAUGGUGUGCUUUGAUGCUGGAUAUAAAAGCGGGUCAGUGGAAUUGUGCGGUUGAGCUGAAUGUCCUUUCUACCCUGAACUUCAAACAAAAAAAAAAAAAACAUGGAUAUUAGACAUGACCUGCUCUUGACUACUAGUUUAACAGAUUAGUAUUAGCUUCAGAUUCCAGCUCUUAAAGAAGUCAAGCAGCAAGGUUAUGUAAACUGUAAACAAAGUGAGACCAAUGUUGUGGCAGCAAGGAAAAACAGGAGCUGGGUCAGUCAGCAGGCGCUAGAGGAGGGGCUCAUGCACCAUUUAUCCUUCUCCUAAAGCAUGACAUCACCCUCAGCCAAUGGGAGCAGAGUCUCAGUCUGAUGAUGUCACACAUGUCCAAUCAGAGGAGGGUCUGGGCAGCACUGCAGUGGGCUACAGAGGGCAGGCAGAGGGUGAUUUUGCCUGUGCUCCAUAUGAACAGCUGUGCCCUUGUCUCAUUUAUUACACAUCAUUUAUUAACCCGGUUGUAUUGUUAUCUAAACAGCAGUGAAACUAAUCCAGAUCUCAGUUUGUAUUCCCUUAUAACAGUUUGACAUCUACCCUUUAGAGAGAAAAUGCUUAACAGGGCUUAAAAAUCAAGCGAAGGGUGUAGAGUUGAACAACGUCAUGGAAAUCCCUCCAGAUUUAUCUUAAAUAAGACUCCAGCAAACACAUACCCAAGGUCCUGCAAACUAUUAUUCAAAUAAGCCACAAAAUAAACCUCCAUUAUACAAAUGCAUUCCUCCUCACUCUGAAGAAGUUUCUAGUCUACUUUGAGAUGUUUGUACAGCUUCACACAGUUGAUUCACAUUCGGCAAAUAACUAGAAAUAGUCUGUAACAGCUGCUCCAGAGACACCGCCCCCAUGCCCCUAUGUCCUUUGUUUACUUUUUCUUCUUCAUCAGUGGUUUUCUUGUAGAAUAAGUCAGCUGUUUGUAGUACAGCAAAAAUAAAACACUUGAUGCAUCAUAGGUUUGUAUGGCAGCUGUAUAAGAUAUCUGUCAGGAGGGACAAAUUGUCGUGUUUUUUAAUAAAGCAGCUCAAGUGUAAUAAUGAAGAGGUGCUUUGAUAUUGGCUAGAGUUAGCUGUAGGGAACGGCGUCACAAUGUGAACAAUAGUCAUGGCAGUCCUAUUGUAACUCUGGAUAGUCUGCUCUCACAUUAAAGCCGUGUUAUAUCUUUGGUCAUGUAACUGGUUUAAAAUGAGAGUGUUAUGUGUUGAGCUGACAGGUCAUUAAGCUUUUAUUAGGUCUGUUAAUUGCAGGUUAUCUCAGUCAUGUUAAAGCCGAGUAAAUCUCCCUCAGAGGCACUGUCAUGCAGCUUGUGAAUGAGCGUCUCUGAGGUCGCUACCGUUGAAAUAAAGGCUCCUUACGAAUAAAAAAGGGUGCAUUAUGAAAACUGUCAUGUGAUUUGACCAUUUUUCCAUCCGAUUGCUCACUCUACUCUUUAGACAAGACCUGGGAUGGAAAAUAUUUGAGGAUAUAACAGUGAAUAUUUGUUGAGUCGUUGUCUGCUGACUUCUUCCAAUAAAUUGCUUCAAUUUUUAUGCUGCAAAUUUUUAGUCAUGCGUUUUAUGCUGUUUCAGGGAUAGGAAUAAAGCAAAAUCGGAGGCCUGAAACAAGAUGGCUACAUCUACGAAAUUUAUUUUUGCGCUUGCCUUUUAUUCGGACAAGGCAAGCGCUAAAGUAACUUUAGUAGAUGUAGCCAUCUUGUUUACUGAAACGCUGGUAACUCAGGUGUGACGUCAUUUUCAGCUCAGACUUCUGAUUUCCGAGGUAACUCGAACGCAGCAUUAAUUCUCCUCCAUCAUGAUGCACGAGAUUUACAAACAAACUAGCACUUCUGUGUCGCCUCUGUGUUUGUGUUAUUGUUCUUCUCGCACUACGCUCUACUGUGAACAACAAUCAGUAUUUAGUGAAAGUGUCGAAUGAGCUUCCUUUUUUUCAAAAGGGCAAAAGGUGAAACUUAAGGUCCUUACACACCGGGACUGACGCAAAUAUACAAUGCGGAAUUCUGAAAUAUUAGGAGGGGGAUUUUGACGCACCCGACUAUACACAUCAAGCGCAAUGCGAUUUUGCGACUCUCUGGAGGGAAAAAAGGCGCGUCCUGGGUGGAAGCGAGAAGACUGACACAAUAUCAGACGGACUGUUUUUCAGUUCUAAUUAGACUCUAGUGUUGAGAUGUCUGUCUGUCAUGAUAGCAUGCACUGAGUCGGGGUCAGUACCAGAUAAGAACAUUAAACUGUAAUCCAUAAACGUAAGAUAACAAAGGAGAGCUUACGAGCUAAAGUUACUUAGCACAGAUGAAAGUUAAAACAAAGACGUUUAUCAAACUGUUAAAGCACACAAACCAUCGUCAAAUGAGAAAUCCGACGCUGUAACUCUCCACAAGUUGUCCUUCAGGUCGUUAUCUUUGUAAUGUUUGUGUUUUUUUUUUAAUCAAAAAUCACUCUGUUCUCCGACACGUAAACAAUCAGCCGGUUGGCCAUGUUGGAUAUACCAGUGAAUCCGACAACGCAACAACACGAAACCUGAUUGGUCAGAAGUGGACACACAGUAUGCGAAACUUUAGAAAAUUCGACUGUGAUCCGAAAAAAUAAAUGCCGCAGUAUCGCAGGACGGGAAAACGUCGCUGAUGUGAACGCUUGUAUUGACAGGAUAUGGGUUCGAAAAAAACAUUGACGUCCGAAAUAAUCGCACGAAGAAAACGCUCCCGGGGUGAAAGGAACUUGAAACUGAUCAUCUAAUUCAUAUUUCAAGGUGUAACUGCAUCUAAUGGAUUUUUUUUGUUAGUUUGGAGAUGCUCAUUUACUGACUGCACGUUAUACCUAAGCUUUUAAAUGUCAGGAGGGAAGAGGUUCAUUAUGAGGCUGUUUUAACUUGCUUUGCUUAACCAGCGUGUCUUGCAGUACAGCUGAAAGCCUAUGGCGUCUUACAAAGAGAACUUGUUCUGCUAGUUUUGAUUUGAACUCUUAGAUUAUAUUCAUGUGGGGAGGCCAACAGUCAGAAGUCUGAUAUGAGGACAACUUAUCUAUGCAAGACUUAAUGUGCAAAUUGUUAGAUGUAGAAUCAAUCAACACACCUUUAACCAAUCAGCAGAAAGGUUGGGUAUUGAGACAAACCUGCACAGAGGACCAGAUGCUGGCGGUGCUAGUUCUUGGCAAACCAUUUGACAUUGUUUACCUGCAGACGGCUUCUGUGUUUGCUUCAGACGCGUCGGUUAGCUGAAAUUGAAAUUUCUGUUUUAUUGACCCCUUUAUUAGUUCCCUAAGAUUAUCCUUUGUGCACAUAUACUACAGAUGACUCAACAGAGAAGUGACAGUUUUUCAGAGAGAAAUUGAUGAUGAAAUGAUGAAAGAAGGAUGUUAUGCAAUGUCAGAUCAAUGACACGCACUGACCUGCUGACUUAUUGGGAUUCUGUGACCUCUCUUUUUCUGUCUGUCUGUCUCAUGGUACCAAAGUGCUGCUUUGAGACUUUUCUAGUUUACAAAGUCUGCACUCAGUCACCAUGUUUGCUCACUUCGAUGAUUAAUCCGCUUAGACAGUCUAACUGUUCCUGGUCCAUGUCUCAGAACAGUUGUGUAAGGAUCCAGUUUUUGGUAAAUCACCUCCAAUUUAUUUUGUACUCAAAGAUUUACCUCUUCAUCUCCUAAUCUGCCCAUAGACAUGGAUCUGUACUUAUCCUUUAUAUAUCUUCUGCUCUGAGGUGUUUUGUUGACAGGAAGGAAAAGGCACAUUUACAUCUCGUCUACUCACUUCCUGUAUAUUCUUCUCAGCUGCACUCAGUCUCUUUCCUCGCAGUUUUCUCAAUACCUCAACCACCGGGCCAAUGAAACUCUGACACUAUUAUGGCCAUUGCUGAACUUGAGAAAAGCAGAUUACACAGAGGGAGACAGAAUGGUGGAGAUGCAGGCCUGGCUCAGCCCAGCAUGGAUUAUGAUGUGGACUCUAAUCCAGAGGGAUGGGCAGGGAGAUGGAGCAGAGGGAUUGCAUGGGCUUUGGACUUGGGCCAGGUUGUUUCACCACAGGCAAUACCUGGGUCUCCUUUUUUUAAAAUAAAUUUGGUUUAUUUAGGACUCUAGUGUUGCAUUAAUUAAAGACUAAACUAGUUGAACUGUCAGGAUGCUAAAUGCUAACUUUACCUAGCUGAUGUUUAGCGUUUGACUGAUGAGAUGCUCAUGAACUUUGCAACUCUGUUCAUCCUCCACCACUAAUAUUUUCGUCUACGAAAACAACACUGUUAUGUCGACCAAUAAGACAAACAUUAUUUGAUCAUUUUUCAUUGUGCCCCUAAAGUUCUUGAUGUGCUCUUUACUUUUUCAACUUAGGAGCAUUUGUGCUUCUUGAGAAAAAAGUGAGUAUCAAACCCUGACAUACGUAAGAGGGCAGUGUUUUCGAUACAGCAAUUCCAGAAGAAUAGUUGAUGCCCUCAUUAUUUAUUUCUUUAAAAAGUAGUUCAAGAUCCAGAUAUGUUUAGCCUGAUGUCGGAAAGGCUUAAAAACAAUUACCUGAAAUUAACAUCAGAAACUCAAGAUUGUCAGCAGUUUUGCCUAGGGACUACACAAAGUUGAAAUAAGAAGUCACCCAAUGACUCUUACCCUUUGAUUUAGAAACUGUAGAGUUACUUAGUUGGAAAUGCCACAAAUCCCCAUAAAUGGCUCGGGGAUUUCCACGCUGAUGCUUGUUGUGGGAAUUUCUAAGUUGAGCUGGAUAAAAAAAAAUCAGUUUUUAACAUGUAAAAAUAUAAAUAUAUGUGGGUCAAUGAUGUGACACAGUUUCUUUUUUAUGUUCCUAUGGUUUACUUAAAUUUUAAAAAGCUAAAAUUAAAAAAUAGACUCACCAAUUACUUGGAUACAUUCUCUUUUUGAAGACCUUGUCCAAAAUUUCUGGAUUUUUUCCAUUUUAAAAGAAUAUUUAAGGAAUAAUAUGGAAAAUGUCAAUGUGGUGUAACCAUAAAAACACGGUACUAAAUAUUUCAACUUGUUCAAAAUAGGAACAAUUUUUUAGGCCAAAGAUUUCAGCAUUUCUCCUGCUAUAUAUUACAAAAAUGCAUCCAAAUUUUUUUGUAAAAAAAUCCUAACAAAAUGCAUUUUCAACUGAUAUAUUAUAAUUAAGUAACUUUUUUAUAAGUACACUUGCAUACACUAUAGGUGGAAAUAAGUAUUAUUUCCCCUGUUGUGGUUACACCACUUGACAUUUUCAAGGGAAAUCCAUCAUUCAUUUAGUAAAAAAAAGGUUUAAAUGCUAUUUGAAAUUAUAUGAAACCAACAGAGACAAAAUAUACAUUUUUGCAAACCUAAUGCAAACUUUAAAAACAAUUUAUUAAAACAUUUUUGAAUUACUCAUAAUACAAACCCCUAUUUGUCCCAGAGCCAUGUAACAGUGAUAGUAUGUUCUUCACUCUGCUUCCUUUGCAUUCAGCUAAACCCCCCAGUUAAGACUCUUCCUUAUCUGUCUUAUCACUGCCUUCCAGUUCACCACCACCUCUUACUGUAAAAGAAAAAAAUAAGUAAGGCCUCUCUCAACACAUGGAGCCGCCUCCCCCUCCCUCUCUCCCUCCCUCCCUCCACCCUCUCCUCCACCUCCCUCCACCCUCUCCUUAGUUGCAAAGGGGAUUACGGAUGGACGCUGCGACUGCAGCCCGUUAACGGGUCCUGCGAGCGGCACAGGGGACAGCGGUCCGUCCGGUACCUGGCUGUGAGGUGCAGGGGCGUCGACCACGAUGGGAAACUAACAUCCGACCGCGGGACGGUGGACGAUGGGCGCAUUAGUACCCCGAGGUUGAGAUAGGGAAAACAGCGGACACACACACACACACACCUCAGUCGCUCCGUGCUCGCUUUAGCUCCAUACAUAGAUAAAUACCCAGGGACAGCGGUGCCAUAUUGAUCCAGGAGGGACCGUGUUUGUAGUUUUCUGGAUAUCAGUGGGAUCGCAAACGCCUCAUGACAUGUUCGAGUAAGUGACACGAUGACAGUAUCCUCCGGUGUGAUGAGUAGCAUAAUGAUUGUGUCUCUGGUCCUGAUGCACUGUGCACGGAGGGUUUUUUAUGUGUGUGUGUGUGUGUGUGUUGACAUGAGUCACAGCUUGUAUAUCCAGCUGAUAACAUGGGUGUGACAUGCUGAGUUCAUGUGAAGAUGCAGGUGUGCAGCGACGGGCUCAUAUUAGCUCUGAUGGCUAGCUGUGUGUUGAUGUUCAUGCUGUCUGUCUGAAACCCCCCUCCCCUCCCCUCCAUCCCUCCUUUACACCCUCUUUCUCACCACAGCUGCCUCCAUCCUUGCACAAUCUGUUGUUUCACCGCUUCCUCUGAGUAGACAGCCCCUCUCCAUGUCUCAUGUCUGACUUUCUCUCUGUCCUUGUGUGUUUCUCCUUGACGGUAACGAGAUUGCCGGAUGAUUGUUUUGGUUAGCCGGGGUGCUAGCAGCCUGUUAGCCGCUCGGAUCGAUCUGCUACACUGCCCGAUAUAAGAGAGGUCACUACUGGAGUUAAUAUUAUACUACACCAGGGGGAUAGCAAAAGGAGGGUGAUGUCCAACAGCUCCAAAAUAGCUUUUUACAUCCGUGCUGCAGACGGAUUUAGCUCCGGUUUGUAAACACAUGCUGACACAGAUUCACAUCACUCAGCAUUCUCACUGGUCAGCAAGCCUGUUUACAACACCGGCUGCUUUAAGCACCUUGACCUGCAGAAAUCUUAAUGCAGAUUUUUAUUGCUUUGUCUUGAUUUGAACACCCAACAGGGCUUGACAGUAACUAUUUUCACAAGGAGUUCAUGUGCUCCUAAGAUGAAAAAGUAAAGAGCAGACAAAGAACUUUAGGGGCACAAUGAAAAUUGAUCAAAUAAUGUGUCUUAUUGUUCGACAUAAGUACUAUUAUUGAAAAUCAAUUUUGGGAUUUUUGGUCACAUGACAUGGAAGCUAAGAAAAUGUUCAAAAUUUGCCUUUAAAUUAAAUUUUCUUAGAGGACAAAUUAGUGAAAUAAAGAGGUGUGUCUUAUUGGUCAACAUAAGUACUACUAUUUAAAAUCAAUCUAGGGUCAAUUGGUCACAUGACAUGAAAGCUAUUGAAGAAAAAGUUCAAAAUUUGCCUUUAAAUUUGUCAAAUAAAAUGUUUAGAGGACAAAUUAGGGAAAUAAAGAGGUGUGUCUUAAUGUCCGACCUUAGUACUAUAAUUUAAAAUCUAUUAUAGGUCAACUGGUCACAUGACAUGAAGCUAUUGAAGGAAAACAGCCUUUUCUGAGAACAUCAACCAGUAAUUUAUUGACGGUCCCUUAAUCAACACCCAAUGUUGACAGCAAGGAUGCUAAGUAGAUUUAACCACGCUGCUGUUGCUUUUCCUGGUUAUGGAGAGUGAGAAGACACCGGUAGAUCCUCAGUGAACGUCCAUCGAGUUUCCAACCUAAUACGAACUUCACCGCAGUAUUUACAUUGAAAAACAUUUUUUCCCUCGGCUGUUUUUUUUGUGCCCCUAAAUACAUUUUACAAUUCGUGCACAUCUAUUUUUAGUUGCUAAUGCGAGUGAAACAGUCGCGCUGUCAAGCCCUGUAUGUUUUACACAUUCCUGCUCCAUAUCCGCAGAAGACGUCGGAUAUAUAAACGAUUUCUGCCGACUUCGCAAAGUCAACUGCAGAAUUGACGGCGUUCUGAAUGAACGGGGCUUUGAAAAAUCCCACAGCAUGUGUUAGACGUCACCAUCUACACAUGGACCAAUCAGGGGCUGCCUUUCCCUGUUUUCUGGGUAACAGUGGAAACAUGGUCUCUGAUUGGCCCGGUUAUUUUCUGACCGGGAAUACACGCUCCCAAUGGGCCGAAGUCCAGACUGUUGUGGGAAGGAACGGCAAGUGAUUCACGCAACAGGAUGGCCCAGCCAGGCUAGCUGAUUACAUUCUCACACAUCAUGAUCCACACUGAAGACUUGCUUUAAAAUGAAGUUUAAUCAUCGAUGUUACCAACCCCUUGUUCAUGGGGGAAGGUUUUUUUUUAACAGUUUUACAAGCAACAUUAUAAGGGUACUAUCCAGAGCUACACUAUGUAAAAUAUACCCUGAGGUAACUGCAUAAUUUUGUGCUGUACACACAAAAUUGACUUGACCUGGCUUUACCCAGCUCAGUGUUCAAAUCGAGCCUGGCAGUCAGCAGCAGUUGUCAUAGCAACGAGUUUCACACAUCAUAAGAGUAUGUUCAAUGUCCAGUUAAAUACAUGUUUGUGGUUUUCCAGAGAUUACAGAUGAAGUAAGAAUAACUGAAUAAAGAGCAGAAAUCCUGAUACUCAAGAAAAUACACAGUUUUUAAAAAAAUCCUAUUUUCACUGAAAUGGUUGUUUUAACACUGCAGUGGGUUUAAUUGAAACCUGAUCAUGUGACAUUGGUUUGUGUCUGUAUUGAAAAAAAAAUAGGACAGUGGAUAGGUUAGGAAACUAGGAGAGAGGAUGGGGAGUGACACGCUGCACAAGGCCACAAGUUAGAAUUGAGCACAGGCCGCCCGUUUUGAGAACUGUAGCUCCUGUACAUGAGGCGUGUGAUCUUACUACAAGGCCAAAUCUGCACCCCCAAUUCUUUCUGUUUAUGUACCCAAAGCAUACAUAUUACCCCUGCCUUGGCACUCGGCCACUUUGGACAGUUUAGGCUCCAGUUGGGUAAAUGAGAAAAAUUAAAGUUUCUUUGAAAGGGUUUAGGAACCUUUUUUGCUCAUUUUGGAAAAUUGUGAGAUAUCAAUCAAAUAUGAAUGUGAGGUGAUAUGAUAUUAUUGUCAUUGGCGGGCUGAAAACAUGACAGCUUAUGUCGAGGGAAAAUGUUGCAGAGCAAAGCUUAGCAUGAGGAUGGUUUUGAGGGAACAAGUGGUAUGGUGCAUGUUGAAGGCACAUUAUAUCGUGCCAAUGAAGACUGCCUCCGCUAAUGAAAUUAGCUGCUAUAGUUCACAGGGAGCCGCUGCAACACACUGUUGAGUAAGCAAGCAGAGCUUUCAUCAGGCUAAGUUAAAGAAGCACUUUGGCAGCUACUACUGAUUCAUUGUGUCUGCUCAAGAUAAAGGAGUGGACAGAGAUUUCAAGCUGUUUGUGUUUGUUCAGAAACAGAGGCAACUGUCUUAGCUGAUGAUGGAUGCUGUAUGUUUUGACUUGAGGUGUUACUAUAGAAACUGUGUUGUGGCUGUGAGUUAAAAAUGAGAUGUUUUCGGCAACACAAUGAUGAUGAUUUGAUGCAAAAAAGAAACUCCUCAAGUUACAUCCUUUGUUAAAGGUAGGAUGUCUGAAAAAAAAGACUGCUUGAGGUCAAGGCUUUACAGACAAGUACCACAAAUGAAUCCUACAUCUAUGCAGCAGAUGAUCUCUCAUUUCCCACGUUGUGUGCUAGCAAACUGUUGAUGCGAUUUGUGCUGCAAAGCUUGCACACAAGUAUGAUGUGUCCAGAUCAGACUCAAAAGCCCCAGACAGCGAUAUGCAGAGCUGACCUUUUGCUAAAGCUUCUCACAACAACACAACAACAACACAUGCCUUUGAAAAGCAGUAAGCCUGAUGUCCUCUGCGGGUUACAGUGAACAGAAAAACAGAUUUUUUUGAAAUCAUACAGAAUAUAGACUUCUGUCAGACCAUGAGGAGAUAUUCUCUGAAUUGAACAAAGUGUAUUGGAUUAGAAUUGCACUCUCCACCUUUAAGACCCAUUACUGAACAGCUUAAAAUACCCCCACUGUCUGGCUGCUGUACAAGUUAAAGUAAGUUCAGCUGAUAACGCUGGCCUCACAUGGCCUUUCUUUGGUCUUCAGUAAGCAGUCUGAGAUGGCACGCUAUUAUCAGAUGGGAAAUGCCUGCAGCCUUUCUUCAUAGCAUGACAUUAAAGGCAUUAGGGAGCAAAAUUCAGAUGAAAUAUGAAAGGGCUUCCUCUGUUCUCCCCUGAGAUAAAUCUCCCCGUCUCCUUUUUUUGUCCUCCAGUACGGCCAGCAACUCUCCACGCAGCACCCCCGGCAGCUCCCCCUCCCUGCGACGCAGGGUCCUUGGGGGUGGCAGGGUCAGUGAGAGCGAGGGAGGAGGAGGAGGAGAGAAGAGCAGUGGUGGCGGCGGCGGAGGAGGAGGGGGAUCAGAUAGCCCCUUGCCCUCCAUACCAUCUGCCUCCUCCCUCACAUCUGCCUACCCAAUCGCUUCUCGCCACUUCAGCCGCAAUGCCAAGGUAAGGAAGAUUAUCCCCUGAUCAGAGUGAUAUGCUGAGGAUGAAAACUGCGCUUGAAACUUAAGAGAACAGCUGCCAGGAGUUCAGUAGAUACCCAGACGUGAAGAAGUGUGGUUUAAGACAUCAACUUAGGACAUGUAUUACAGCUUAAUGCAGAGUAUGACUGUCAUGUAACCUUUCUGAUUGCUGUGAAACGAUCCCAAGGAGCGAUAGCAUGACUAAAUCAAACAUGCCAUGAUUCCUCUGAACUGUUUAUUCUACUGAUGUGUCCUAAUAAAAGACUAAAUAAUCUCCUCAAUGACUUUGUAAUCAGGGCCAGUUUUAUGUAGAUUAAGAAAAGACAGGAGUGUUCUCAUUGUUAAUGUGGUCUAAUGGCUGAAAACUAAGCGAAGGCACGAUCUUACAACCAGAGUGAGCUUGUAACCGUAUUUUUGGUGAUACUUUGAAACAAAUUAAUGUAAAAAAAAAAUCGCAUUAGAUACCAAAAAAUGCACCCAGACAGCUGUGGAUAAAAUGGUAACCCACUUCCACCCCAGUAAAUGUGCAUCCAUACCAGAGAUCUGCAGUGAAUUUAGGCUGUUUCUGUCGACAAACCAUCAAAUUAAAGCGUGUUUUUUUCACCCAGACAGUGUCCCUAUUCCUGUGUGCCUGAGGGCGCAGUUUGAGCUUUCACAUCUCAUAAUCUCAGGCUCAUUGUUGUGAAAAGAACAGCCUGUUUUCAUGUUGAAUAGUCAUCACAGCUGAUCGGUGCCACCUGCCCUUUUAAAAAAAAAAAAAGGGAAGUGCUGACAGUUUUGACACAGACAGACGAAAACUGCAAAAACUCAAGGUUACAUCAAACAGGCUUGUGCUGGAAACUGGACCGCACGCAUGCAAACAAGGAAGUGGGUUACUUUACUCAAAUCAUAUACAUUGAAAUGUUUUUAACACCUGUAUGAAAAUCAUUUGAUUUAUAACAUUUUAUGGUUGCUGGACAGCUGAGUGCUUAUUUAUUCAUAUGUGCUUUUCUUUACAGAAAAUGCAGAGCUGGUACAAUGUAAGUACACAAAAACAUCCUCUCACAUGUUUGGUGAUCUUUGUCUGCUUUGGCUCCAGGUGAACCGGACUAAUUGACCUUGUAAACUGCUAAUAAUCCUUUAGAUAAACACUAUACUUUUCCCACUUAGUAAAUACCACAGUCAAGCCCAGCUGAAGUUGUGAAGACAGAUAUUCAGUUUCGUGUUUCCUGUUCUCACCCUCAGGUCCUCAGUCCUACAUACAAACAGCGGAACGAGGAUUUUCGCAAACUCUUUAAGAAACUCCCUGACACAGAGCGGCUUAUAGUGGGUGAGUGAAAGUGUAUUUUUGACAAACUCUGCGAGCACUGAGCCACACUCUUCUCGAGAUAAAAUAAACAGUGAGAAAUGAAACUUAAAAAUCGAUCUUCUUUUCUUUCAAAUUCAAGAGUUUUGGAUAUGCUUUAAUAAAAGAACAAAGAUUAGUGGAUCAGUGAGGUGUUGACCAAUUUGUGCAACAUCUUGUGUAGCAGCCAUUACUGCAACAGCAAUCCAGUAUAUCAGCUGCUGCCUGCUGUCUGUGACAUGAGCACAUGUGAUUGAAUUAAAAACGAUAGACGGCUGAUGAAGGAGUCUUAAUUAGACAAUAUAAUCAUUGUUUUCUUUUUUAACAUAGUAGACAAUGGGAUUUUAUAAAAAGAAACAGAACAAAAUUCAGCAUCUACUACAUAUCCUUGACAAGGUGCUGUGUAAUACAACAUUAAUUCAAAAUGCUAGAUGGCUUAACACGCAACAGCUGCUUUUGAUUGUAACAGACUCGUGUAUAAGAAAAUACAUUUUUUAUAGAUAUUCAUGAUGCAAGUUUCUGUUUGUUAACACAACUCUUCUGUCAUGAUUUCAUGUAGAUGUAUAGAAUAUAUAUGAGAUCAUUUUCAUUAAUUGCCUGUCAAUGGACAAGAAAAUCCCCUCCACAGGUCACUCAGUAGGAGGGCAAAAUACAGAAAUAAAUGUCUUGAUCUUUUCCUCAAUAAUUGGCUCUUAUUGAGCUAGAUCUUUGUAAAAUGUCCACUCUUAUACAGGGGGUCUCUUCUCAGAGUAAAAAUGUGCUCAUUGAAUUUUGUUUUAUUAAUCUCUGAGCUGUUGGAGCUCCACAAGUUCCUCUCAGUGUCCUCAACAGAACUGUCAAGGCUCAAGUGAAGUGAAGUCAAGACAGAAGCAGAAAACUCAAGUGCAUAAAGCUUUAAUUUUACAGAUCAGACAGCAUCAUUUUGAAACCAUGUCCAAAAUAUCAUGAUGUAUUGUGUCAUGGACAAGCUCAUCUCUCACCACGGCCUUACACGUAGCAUAUGUAGAGAGAAAAUAGAAAAAAUGACUCAUGAUCUGCUGCUUUUUCUGACUGUUGUUGGAGCACAGAGGGCAAACGGUCAGUUUGUAGGCAGGGUUGAUGAAUCUCUCCUCUCUUCUCCUUGUUUCUCUCCUCAGAUUACUCCUGCGCUUUGCAGAAGGACAUUCUGCUUCAGGGACGCCUUUACCUGUCGGAGAAUUGGCUUUGUUUCUACAGUAACAUCUUCCGCUGGGAAACCGCUGUGAGUCAUGAGCACGCCGUGUAAACAUUUCCACGCGCACGGUCAACACAUGGCCGCUGAAACCUGGUUAAUAACACACGAGAGUUCAGAUAAAGAGUCGUUCUAAUGCUCCUGUUUGCAGAUCAUUAUCGAUACACUUUGGCUCUCUGUGAGAUAAGAGUAUUGCACAGAGAUAUACACUCUGCAGCAGACAGACAUACAGUCAAUCCCUCUCCUUCACUAUUCAGAUCACUAUCCUGCUGAAAGACGUGACCUCUAUGACCAAGGAGAAGACCGCCAAGCUCAUACCAAACGCCAUCCAGAUCUGCACUGACAAUGAGAAGGUCAGAAUUAAUUACAGCCCGGUGUGAAUAUAUUUUAAGGACUUCUAAGUGGAAUAAGUUAGAGCAGCAGUUUGACUUCUGUACUCUACUAACACAUUCUCAGUCUGUUAUGGCUGAAAGCUGAUUUUAAAGCAUGUUAAAUGUUUGCUGGUGAUAAUUUUUACUUCAAAUUGUGCAUUUUUGCCAGUGAAGCAGCAUGAAAUGAGCUGACUCAACUUUAUCUACACUGAACUGUGACAAAACAAACAUCCCAACAGACAGAGACUAUCCAUCAAAUCACAUUUUUCUCAUCUCUCUUCCUUCCUUCCUUCUUCCCUCGCUUCCCUCCCUGUAUUUACCCUCUCAGCACUUCUUCACAUCUUUCGGAGCAAGGGAUCGGAGCUUCAUGAUGAUUUUCCGUCUGUGGCAGAACGCUCUGUUGGAUAAGGUACAGCCUGCUCACCCAACCCCCCCCAGCAGUGUGAGCUUGCGCGACACAGCUAGUGGUUAUCAUCUUAGAAUAGAGCACACAGUGUCAGGAGGCAGGAGAUGGCCACAAACACAGGCUUUGGAGAACAAUUCAAAUCACUGUUAUUUGCAGAGUUUGAAGACAGACAUUUAUUUGGACGGCUCUGAUGCAAAGACACUAGAAAGUACAGUUUGAGCACGUAGAAAGAGAGUGAGAUGUCACAGGAUGGUUUCUCUUUAUCAGGGACUGAAUCUCUUAUUUAAAGUCUGUAUCUGUUCAUGGGGGGUCUGGAUUUUCAGCGUGGGAAGAGUUCUGCUUUCCAUUUAAGUUUGAGUGCAGUCAUAUAUCAGCAGACUUUGGUGCAUGCAGGAAAAACAGAUCACAUGGGGGGCAAAAGCCGGUGGGACACACACUGAUGCAAUGACACACCAGUUACCAUCUGCAGUAAUCUAAUUUAUUUAUCCUUAUAAACAGAUAUCGUCCACCAAGUAGAGCUAACAACACUCUGCACACUCAAAAUUUCAACUAAAGCAUCAAUUCUGCACGACUCCUUAUUGCAAAAGUCCUUUAGACGUCCCAACUCCCUGGAAUACCUGAGGAAGAAUCAGUCAAACAUGCUUUAAAAGUUGUCAUCAUGAUGGUGUCGAACUUAAAGGGAUAUUCUGGCGUAAAAUUAAGUUAGGGUCAAACACACCAUAACACCAAGACCCCGUCAAGAGAUGAAUGUUGCCGACUGUUUGCUUCUCUAGUUAUACCAACUUUAGUAAUGACCGCAGGAUAGCAAUACACAGCUGUCCCGGGAGCCACGCGCUCAAGCAAAACGCCACUCUAUAGCCACAAAUAAUGCUCAGAACAGCACCUAACUUCAUCAACAGCCAUAGUACUAGCCACCAAACAACUUUUUAGCUUUGCUUAAUUUCUUUAGCAAAGAGACUAAACACAACUCACCUACUCUCUUCCAGCAUCCGCUUGUUUGUACGGAGACCUCCUGCGAGUCCAUCUUUGACUGCAGUGGGGUGACGCAGCUCAAGGAAGAACAUUUAUGAUCAUCACUUAAUGGAAAUGCAGUCAGACCGAGACGCUAAGGCAGAAGAACUACCGCGUCUGCAGUGCAAAUUGAUUAAUAUGAUGAUUAUUACCUCAAGGAAAUGAGAAAGUAAUGAUCAUAAAUGUUCUUCCUUGAGCUGCGUCACCCCACUGCAGUCAAGGAUGGACUUGCAGGAGGUCUCGCUACAAACAAAUGGCUGCUGGAAGAGAGUAGGUGAGUUGUGUUUAGUCUCUUUGCUAAAGAAAUUAGGCAAAGCUAAAAAGAUGUUUGGUGACUAGUACUAUGGCUGUUGAUGAAGUUAGGUGCUGUUCUGAGUAUUAUUUGUGGCUAUAGAGUGGCGUUUUGGUUGAGCGCGUGGCUCUCUGUAUUGCUAUCGUGCGGUCAUUACUAAAGUUGGUAUAACGAGAAGCAAGCGGUCGGCAACAUUUAUCUCUAGAUGGGGUGUCUAACUGGGUGUUACAGUGCGUUUGACCCUAACUUAAUUUUACGCCAGAAUAUCCCUUUAAGAAAUGACUAGUACAUCAUGAGACAUUGGUUUCUGAACUGUUGAUUAACCAUAUUGUGUUUCUCCUACAGUCUCUUUCCCCCAAAGAGCUCUGGCACAUCGUACACCAGUGUUACGGCACUGAGCUGGGCCUCACCAGUGAAGACGACGACUAUGUUUCCCCCACCGCCGAACACAUGAACGGCCUACUGUGAGUGUACAGGCAUGCUGACAUGUAGAGUAACAUUUUAUGGUCUUGCACUGUGGAUGCAUGCAUGUAGGAAUGUGGACACGCUGAACAGGCUUAAAGGGUGAGGAGUUUGUCUGAGGGGAAACGUCUUACCGCUCCUGUUGUUUCAUUCAAGUAUAAAGUUAAAUCUCUGCGGUAAAGUUUGAGUCCAGGCGGCGAGACGUCUUUUUUUUUCAGCCGUUUCAUGUUGUUUUUGUUUUGGCUUGUUCCUAAAACAGGACAAGCAGCAGAAACAAUCCUUAGUUCUUGUUUGUGAGUGAGUACAAAUAUCACCUGACUAACUGACAUACACAUAGCUGCAGGGGUCAGUUUGCUCUUUCAUUACAAAACAAGCAGAUCCUCGCUUAGACAGGGCUUGCUUGUGCAUAUGUUCUUUUGCAAAGCAGACCCGGGUAAUUCAUUUCAUUUUAAUGAAGAAGUGCCUUUAAUGUUGGCUCACAUUCAAAUCAGUCAAAGAUUUCUACAGCUGUCCUUACAUACUUACACAAACCCUCCCUCUGUCUCCCUCUCUCUUCCAGUUUGACUUUCUCUGUAUGUAUCUUUGCCUCACUUAAAUCUCCUCCCUCCAUCCUCCAGGCCAGGAGACGAGUCCGUGUCGGUCACUGAUCUGUUAGACCUUAGUUCAGUGUCGGUUCCUUCCACGGGCAGCUCUCCUCCUCCCCUGGUUCCCUGUGCUCCAGCCAGCUCUCCUUCAGCUACCAACCUGGGGGGCUCUUCUCCGCCUUCCUCCACCUCCUGUCUGCCCAUAGAGGUGCCUUCCUCAUCUGGACGCAGACUCAGCUCUGAGCCUCUGGAACCCAGUCCACCCAGCUCCCAAAGCUCCCUGCCAUCGACCACUCCAACAAACGUCUCUGCCUCUGCGUCUGCCUCCGCCCCGGCCUCUGCUUCAGCGUCUUUUGUGAGUUUUCCUCUUAACAUUCACGUGUUAUAUUUAGUACCGUCAGUCUUUGGUUUGCGGCACAUUUGGGUUAUAAUUCAAACCACCCUGAUAGGCUUAUUCAUUGACUUUUUUUCUAAAUAUAUCUGCAUUCUCAUUCUCUGCUUCUGCAAUAGCAAUCCAGCUGUCCCAUAUAUGCAGACAGCUGGCUAGUUAGCAUGAGCUACAUGGCAGAUUGGAGUCCACUCAUUGCUCGGUGGACUCUUAAUCGCUCCCCCCUCUCUCUUAAUCAGGGUUAAUACCUUGUCAGCAAAAUGAAACAAAGCUCAGAUCAGCAUUCAGAGCUUUUUAAAAAAAAAAAAAACUCUGUUUCUCUCUUAGAUCUGACGUCUUGUUUCUACUGCUCUCCUGCCAAAACCAGUCAGCCACCUGGAGAGUAACAAAUAAGCAAACAAACAAACAGACAACUUCUAACGGACAACAGAUGCACGUUUAAUAACUGAUAAAGCCUGAAUUCUGAACAGGCUCUGUCUGUAGACGUGAUAAAAACGUAACACACGAGGUCAACCCCAAAUAAACUUUGAUAAAACAGAUGCUAUGUGUUUCAGCAAGGAAGUGAAAUGCUGUGAAUUUGGGCUUAAGUUUAUGUCCAAUCAGUUUCAGCCGCUGUGACUUCUGCCCUGCAGUCUUGAUCUUGACACGGACCGUGUUCAUAAAUGCAGUUCUGUGUUCACUCUGUGCCGGUUCUGGAUUAGUAGCUCAGCUGCUGUGGUAUGCCUGCUCAGGCCGCGUCAACAUGAGGUCAGCUCAGCUGAAGCCUCUUUUUCCUCUUAAGUCAUAUGACAACGGGGUGAUUUCCUUACAGACCUCUGGCUAAAAGUCCUCUGCUGUGCUUUUUUCCCCUUCACUGUAUCAGAAUCUGGAAGAGGGUGGGGACAGCCUGUCUGAGUCAGCCAAUCACAUGCUGCCCCCGCCAACCACCAGUCUGGGAAACCUCUCCUCACUGGACAUCACCAACGAUGAGGAACUGCCCACGGACCCCAGUAACUCCUCUGACACGCAAGAAGAGAGUGAGUAUUGUUUAGGUGAACAGACGAGAAAGUAGGAUGAGAAAGUCUUAACUGUGUGAAUAUUUUACUCAAUUCAAAUGCAUGUUUGACAUGUUCACUUACUGGUAAAGUUGGCCACAUGCUCUUGGUACAGCCGUAUUAACCAUAACUUGAAUUGAAGUUAAGGAUAUGAUGAGUUUUAUCUGAAUAUGUCAAACUGCUUGUAGGCUUUCACUCAUUCAUGGCUCAGUCAUUCAGCUGCUGUUUGAAUGUCCACUGAAUUAAUUUGGCAAUAAAAUCAGUAUCAUGGGAGAGUAAUUUAGAUUGAAUUCUUUCACACACAUAUGCAAAUGUCGUACUGUUUACACAAGCAGGGAAGGGUCUAAAGUAUCCAGAACCCAAAGUUAAAUCAAAACACAAACCUUCCCUUCUUUCCUUCUUAACUUUCAGGUGAAGUGGAAUCGUUCUGCUCCGACCUGAGUGGGCGGCUGCACAUCAAUACGACAGUCCGCAUGAGCGUGGACAAGCUGCACGACCUGCUCUUCUCUGCGGACACGCAUUUCAUCCAGCACCUUUUCUCCCAGAGACACUUCACUGGUAGGAAACACAACACACAAAUACAAAGCUAGAAAAACUGUAGAAGUGCUCGUCUACAGUCCGACCAUAAUUUAACGAUUAAAUAGUCGACAGACAGUAUAAAAUGUCUGCUGUUAAACCAACGCAUGAACACAAGCAACAGUGUGUUCACAUCAAAAAGAGGAAUAAUCGAGUCUUGUUAGACCUGUCAAAGUUUCUCUCUUGUGUUGUCUUUCUGUUUCGCUUUGAUUAUUUAAAUUGACCAGAAUGCUUUUCAGCAACCACCACAGAACAUGCAUCAACUUGCUGCUCGACAUUUUGUACUAGAGAGCGAGUUUUUCCUGUCGAGACGGUGACAGUUACGGCACAGCGUUUGUUGUUGCUCUGCUGCUUUUUGGACCCUCGGGGCUGCUGUCAGUGGAGGAGGAAAAAAAGAAAACACUCCUCAGUCUGCGAGUCCGUCACUAGAACUUGAUAUUCACCGUCGAUGCUGUGAGGUUUACUGCCAGGAAGCUCAGUUUUGGGUGCGCUGCGAAUGUCUUGAGUUGUUGCCAAAAUGUGUGGGAACGAGGGUGUAAAUAACAAAACACAGCAUGUUAUAUUUUGGAUUUUUGAAACAUAUUUUUAGUGUCGAUUUCUUGUAAAAGUUUUCAGCGCUGCCAUACAUAUAAAUGCAAGACCAUGCAACCAGCAAACCCUCUGACAGACAUGCUGCAGCCUACUGUAUUGUCCACUAAUGAGGCUGCCACAAAAGUUGUUCACGCUGUGUUAACCACUCUUUCUCACUUUUUUGCUUUUCUAAUCUUGUCCUGUUUUGUGAAUAUAAGACUAUUAUUGCAUCGGAUACUGUGAUAUUUGACGCAUCUCUGCAAACAUAGAGUGUUUAAUCUGGACAUUUUGCUGUAGUAGUUGAAAUGAGGACAGAGGGGUAGCGUUGAAGUUCAUUUGGCCAGUAGCUACCCUAGUUGGAAGCCCAUCCUGCCUGGGAACAUUGUGUAGCUCUAAUUGGGGCAUUUCUUCCUUUCUUUUUUCACGAGGGAGCAUAGAUUGACCCUCUCUUUUCCUCUCUCUCUCUCACUCUAUCCCCCUCAACCCAUCGGAGUCUUGCACUCUCUCUCUCUUUCCUUUUCGUUUUCACAUCCUCAACCUCUUCCAUCCUUUCAUUCUGUCUAGAUUUUUACAAAAUCUCUUCGGGCUUUUUUGUCUCUUACUCUCUGUUGACCACCUCAUGUUGUCAUUUCUGUUCUCUCUGUCAGAACUGUCGGUGGGUGAAUGGCAGCAGGACAGCAGCAGUGGGAACAGCAGCCGCGUGCUUAGCUACACCAUCGCCCUCAACAACCCCCUCGGCCCCAAGACCGCCCCUGUGGUGGAGACACAGGUCAGUCAUCGACGAACACAGACCUGAGAUGUUUUUUUUUCUUUUGCACAUCUGUACACUUGCUUUGAUUAAAUGACACAUCUCAAGCUUUUAGGAAGAGUGUAGUCGUCUCUUUCGAAGAUUUUGUCAUGGUUUCAGUUUGAUCCAGUUAUGGUGCAGAUAGAGUGCAGCUGCUGUCAAAUAUUGUCCCCCUAAAUGCGUAUUAGAUGCCUUUAUUUUCAGGGUUAGUUUAGUCCAGCGUUGUUUUUAUCGGUGUGCUCUAUUUCCACAGUAUUUAUUUAGAGCAAAAAACAAAAAGCAAACCUGUGGAGACUUGUCGUUGUUGUGUAAUGUACACAAUGUGUUUUGACAGCUUGUAAAUGCUAAAGGGGUAUGUCAGUUUUUUUGUAGUGGGGUUGUAUGAGGCACUCGUCAAGAGUAAUUGUAUUAACCACAAGGGAACCCCCCUCAGCUCGGCGCCACCAGCCAGGGAGACAGCAUGAAAGCUAGGCUAUCAACCGCUGCAGACAGGGUCAGUUUGACCAAGAACAAACCGCACUUAAGAAUAAAACAAACUUUCCUUUUCAGAGUGUUUUGUCGUGACAUCGAUGACCUUUCCCCUGAACACAAAGCUGCUUACUCCAAAUCCAGAUAGGAAACAUCAGAGGCUUACAAAUACUGAUCAGCGGGUUAUUCUGAAACUUUGAAAAUGUCACAAUUUAAGUUUGUUUAUUUACGCACAAUAUGGAGAGAAGACAGCUCACAAAGGAUGUUGACCUUUCUCACAUAAUUACCUUCACAUUGCUGCCAAUCUGGGUGUGAAUGUCAGAUUGUAGGAAAUGAGAAGUAGAAAAUACAUGUGGUAAAAAGCCUCGGUAUCUAUCAGCUGCCCUAUAUCCACAUAUAUGCCACCUAAAAGCCGGUCUCCAAAGCUGGUUGAGCAGUGUAAAAGUAAUGCUGAAGACACGUUCUAAUUGCUUUACUGCAGUUAUUUAUUUAUAUCCAACAUCUCCACAUCUUUCUGUUUCUAGACGUUGCAUAAGAGCAGCUCCCGGGGCGAGUGCUUCGUGGUGGACUCAGAGGUCAUCACCUCAGGCAUCCCCUACCAGGACUACUUCUAUACUGUCCACAGAUACUGCUUCACCUCCAUCAACAAGCACAAGAGUCGGCUCAGGUAGGUUUGGUAUUGUUGUUUUACUGAGAUAAUCCAUGUGAGUGGAAUUGACUGUGAAAUCCAGGGCUGCAGUGAACAAUGGAAAACCUUGGUCAACCAAAAUGACACUCUUUCAUGAACAAAUUGAUGUAUCCUUAAAAAAAAAGUUUGUCUUUAGAUCAACCUUAUCAGUGAUUAUGUUUCUAGUGCUGCUAGGCUGGUAGUCUAAAUAAACUUAAUACUCUGUUUAUGGGCAGUCAGACUUGCAUGUACGUUUGCAUUCAGCUUUCGUGUGUUUGGCAUUUUCUGACAUUACUCUCUGUGGCUCUGUAUUUCUUGGCUUUUGGACACUUGCUGCCUUUUUCUUAUAAAACCUUCAUCAUAAUUCUGCCUCAGUUGUUUGUCAACUUGUCUAACUUAUUUGAUAUAUUUACUCUGGUCUCCAUGUCUCUUCAUUUUUCUACUGAAGCCAUAGCAGAGUGACGUCUAAUCACAGCACAAUGACUAAUUAUCAUCAGGCUUCAGAGACUUUUUGUGUCUCAUUUCAUAACAAUAACAAUCAACAGGACCCACUUUUCUCCAGCCUUAGUGUGUAUUUGAGAUAUACAGAGCAGUUUAUACUGGUGUGAACAGGCAGAUCCUGAAGACACAAAAAACUUACAGCUUAUAGUUUUAAUCACAAACAGACACAACACACAUUUUCAGAUUAUUUAGUGCAAAAAAAAACAGCUGAAGGAGACUGAUGCAGGUAUGUUUAAACUCAGCUGUUUGGACUGUUUUUGUCUGGGUGUAACUUAGGGGUGGGAGAAAAAAUCGAUACAGCACAGUAUCAAGAUAUUUUGGCAGGUUGUUCCAGUGUUAUUUUGCAAAUUAAGAGCAACACAAAGAGCGAUAAAUAUCAGUCAGGCGAUUAAAGAAAUGAAUCAUGUCAAAUUAUUCUAUGUUUUGAUCAUUUUUGAGCGUUGCACCACAUCGCAGACUGAUUCGUGAACUACUCUACCUCUGCCACCCCCUACACACACACACACACACACACACACACUCUCUCUCUCUCACCUACACUUGUACUAAAAAAACUCUGAGCUUAGAAAGAACACCUCCGUUCACCACAUGAGUCAGAGCUAGGAGGUGUUGUUGUAAAUCUGAGCAACUGCUGAGCACGCUUUGUAUGAAACAUGCAAAUUUAAGACGAUAUCUACACAGCACUAUGUUUCAGCACCUCCUAACAGCUUCCUUGUUUACACACGCUGUCAGUUUGCAGCCAAAUACAUGAUGCAAACUGUAGUCGAAGGAUGCAGUUCCUUAGCCUGAGGGAGCAGGACCUCUCAGUGGUUUAGGAUUUGUUUCCAAGAGACUUUCUUUUGCUGAUUUCUUUCAUUCUUUUCAAAAGGUGUUGCUUUUAUUGAGUCCUUCUUUUUUGGUCACUUCUUGUCCUCACUUCUGCAGCCACUUCUGCUCAAACAUUAUAAUUGUUUGACCCGAUGUCACAUCAGCACAUUUCCUGCAGCGUUUGAGUUUAAUUUGGUAAAUACAAGACUUUGAUGUUGACAAAGAGAGAGCUACAAAAUGCAGACACAGUAUUUCCUCCGACUGUAGUCUCAGCAGACAGUUAUGUAAUGUGUCUUCAGGAACCGUUUCAAUCGAGUUAAGGCUCUCUGUCUGUCUGUCUGUCUGUCUGUCCCCUUCCUGGUAAUCAUGUCGCUGUUUUUUAUUUUCCGUUUCUGAGAUCUUUCCUGUAAUAAAAGAGUGCGUGACCUAAAAAGGAGUAAACUGGAUUUCGAUAGUAGAACACAAAAUUAUGUUUCCUUUUUAUUUUGAAAAGUCCGAGCACACAUUGAGCAUCUGUGCUCCUCCUCUCUAAUUUAAUCUAUCCAUUCCCACAGUUUUACAAGUAAUACUGCAAGGAAACAAAUACUCUGAGACUUCACUGAGGUUUACUCCGGGUUUAGGUGUUUAAAAUUUCAACACUUCUUUUCACAACAUACUGGAGUCAUAAUGAGUUUUAGUUAUUGAAGGUCUUUAUUAUUAACUUAAACAGAAGUGGUCGGACCCUCGGCUCAAACUCAGCAAAGACGACAGAUCCCAGUCUAUGAUGUAGAAUAAAACAAAACAAAUGAAAUUUUAAGGCCCAAAACAUGUUUAAAAUAAUAAUCUAGCUAAGUGAGCUUUGAUAUAAAUGAUUAAUAAACAAUACUCAAAUCAGAUCCUGUGAAUAAAGUAAUAUCAGCAUCUACUUUCUCUUACUUUCCUUCUGUUCCUGUCUCUUUUCCUCUUUUAGACGGUUUCACAUUUUAUAAAUGGCACAAUCGCCUCAAAGCUCACCUUCCUUAUUUUUAGACAGAACUAUUUCCGUCUCGCUUUUGAUUCUGAAUAUUUCCUCUAUCUCAGAGUGGUUUGAAACUGACACUGUAUCACAGCCUUGGCAUUAAGAUAAAGCUCUUUUUACUGUUGUUAGCCCUCUACAGUUACUCUCCAGCACUUCUUGAGAAGUAUCUUUACCGAAACACAAUAUCACUGAGUAGGCAGUCAUGAGAGGGAAUCAUUUUUCUAAACUCUGGUCUUGUCUAGUUUGAUUGCUGAUGUUUUAGGGCUGAUUUCUUUGGAAACGUAAAAACAUGAUGGGUGCGUUACUUGGAAUUUCCUGUUGCAUUUAAAGGUUUCAAAGGAAAUUUGAAGGAAUCCUUGGAGCUUAUUUUGGUCUCUUCUUACACUAGUUACUCCCUUUUUUUUAGAGGUUGAUAAACAGUCAUGGAAAUGAAACAGUUAAGUGAAAACAGUACCAAUUAAAGUCCGAGCAAUAAGGAUGUGUUCAUUUCCAUCUGUCAAUCAUAAAAGACAUGUCAGUUUUACUUUUCUAAAAGAGUAUAAAAAGAUCGAAUGCUCAGGAACUCAUGAAUUUGUGUUUGAAGCAGGAUUUGUUUUCUUUUCCUUCGCUCAGAGUCUCCUCAGACAUCUGCUACAGGAAGCAGCCGUGGAGUUUGGUGAAAGCAUUGAUUGAGAAGAACACCUGGAGCGGCAUCGAGGAUUACUAUAGACACAUGGGUGAGUCACAUGGUCCACCUUUCCCAGCAAAGCUCUGUGUGCACACCGCCUGUUGAAAUCAAAGUGAACCAUUCAGUCCAACUUCCCCCUCGAACCCAAGUGAACGAGAGUGAAACUGCGUCAGGGUGCACCUGAUUUUCAAAGCCAGAAACAAAGUGUCAACUGUGGAAACCGUGUCUGAUUAUGUUUACAAGAGUCACAUAUCGUGUGAGAGUCUCCUCCUCUUUCUCUAUUGCACAGAGACGGAUGAUUGGAGUCUUUUCACUUGAUUUUGAUUUGACCGAUAACACUACCUUGUUCACUUUUUGACAGACAAAGGUUUUCAGACCCGGAUAUGUUUUUAUUUUUCCAGCUAGAGUCCGUUUUAAUUUCAGUAGCUCAGUUCAAAUUCUCAGUUCUUCUUUACUAUAAACUUAGAGCUCCCUCCGCUCCAAAACGUGCAUGAAAUGUUUUACUCGGAUGAUAGAGAUUCACCAUGCACAGUGAUAUCUGUGCAGUGAAAGGGCGAGGUGAAAAUACUUAAAGGUGGGGUAUUCAGGAAUCCGUUAAAGAAGCAUUUUUUUUUGUGGUGUUUAUACAAAAAAGCUUUUGAUAUCAGUGAACAGCUAUUAGUUAUUGAUGACAUUUGGAAAUAUCACAAUAUCACUGUUCUGUGAUGUCUCAGUAGUCAACAUUUUAUAUUCUUUGAGCGCUCCCCUCUUUCUGACUGUAAAUAAAGCCGUUCUCCACCUCCCUCAUCCUGAUUGGUUGUGAGGCAGACGCUGCUCCCCCGUGUCGUUCACGAGCCCAAACAAAGUUAGCGUGCUUCAAUAUCGGACAGUAGAAACCAACCACAAAGUACAGAAAAUUGUCUGAAUCCUCCUUUGGCCGCGACUGCCGACACAAGCAAGAAAACAAACUAAAUACCGGAGACUCUGGCGGAAUAAUGAGCGCUUAAAAAGGAGGUAGAUCAGCCAGACGAGGGAAGGAAUCUAGAUGUUAAUGAUGCCGUCUUACACAAAAGUGAUCCUCUUUAAAGGUUUUGGUGGCGUCUUCUUCUCCAUCUGUCUGUUACCGAUUCAUUCAGCUGUAUCAGGAACAUUUUUUAGCACCAACGUUUUAGCUGUGAUUGUGUGGCUCCCAGUCUUUUUCUUGCUUUCUUUAACUCUUGAAAUAAAAUACAUUUAGGUGCCUAAUAGAUUUUGUUACUUUCUAAUAUUUCACUUAUUCUGCCGUUGGACUUUUGAAACAUCUCUUAAUACUCAUUGGGUACUAAAGAGGGAUUAUUAGACUUUCUCCAACACAAGCCAUUAGACUCUAGUUUAGCCAUUUUUAGGACUUAGUGUGACAGACGUAUUUAUCCCUCAAAUGUACUUUCCCAGGGUUGUGUAUUUUAAUUCCUCCAUCUGUUGACUUUUCUCCACACAGAGAGCGAGGUGUGCAAGCUGGAGACACUACUGCAGUCCGAGGUUUCCGUGGUAACUACAGGCGAAGCAGUAGGCGCAGAUGCUGCCAAGACUCCACCGUCCUUGCGCCGCCGCAAAAGAACCUGCUCUCGGCGGCAGGGCGAGAAGGAUAGAGAGAGGGAAGGAGGAGGCAUGGGCGCCGGAGAGCGAGGGGACCGAGGCGUCGGAGAGGAGAGGGACAGGAGGGAAGCAAGUAAGUCAGCAGGGAUACACGUGUUGAAAUUCUGUGCAUGAGUGUCAGAAACUGUUCCUAACCAUUACUGCAGUCUGGAUCCAGCUUCUGUAGGACACUGCCCUCUAGUGUUUAUAUGGGGAGUUUUAUUAGAGAGGGGAAAAUAAGUCCUUAUGUGCAUUUUAAGUUAGUGUUGUAUAAAGUCAAACGAAGAGGAAACAAAAUUAAAUGGAGAUCUUAAAACUAAAAUUGUCUAAAAUUAUUCACUAAUUACUGUAAUGAGUGUUUGCUGGUUUCUCUUCUCUGUUUAUAUUUUUAGUGACAAACAUGAAAACCCUACAUCCUCAUUUCAAAGCAAAGUAAAAAUGGCAGUAGUGUACAAACUCUGGUUAUUAACCCAGACCAAUGAUCCAUCAUGUAAUGUGCUGAUAUGGGAAAACGGUGUUCAUAUAAAAGGAUAUUAACGCUCUGUCCCCCUCAGGUGCUCAGUAUAUGAAGCUGGGUGAUCGUUCUCGCAGUGGAGGACAAAACAGUAUCUCCACCAUCCUCCUCAUCGUCAGCUUCAUGUGAGUUCACGCCUUUUUUUACGUCCCUUUGUUCGACUCUGAACUUCUGCGCUCAGCUUCCCUCUUCUGUCGCAUACUUUCUGAUUUAUUGCACACCUAUGAAACAAUGAAAUGACUGACUUUGACUGUAAAUCUUCUGAGUGUUCUGGCUUUUUGCUGUCUUUGUUCUAUCCACGUCUGAAUGUUCCUCCUUCAUUCAGACAUGCUGGAUAUUGAUCCUCUGCUUACUAACAGCCUCACUUUUGCCUUUCUUGCUAUUUCUCUUCUUUCCCCUUCUUUUUCUGCCAUACUUCUUGUGAAUAGGAUCUGUAUCAGGUUCGUAUGAGAGGCUUUGAUUUCAUACCACAGGCUGCACAUACAGAUAGAUAACCUUAAGUUGUGUUGACGUUGCAGGAAAAAUCCACCUUUGCGUGUUUUUUUUGUUUGUGUCUCAAACUUUGUGUUGUUUCUAUUUAAUCCAUCCCUCUGCCUACGGACUGGACCAGAGUCCAUUUCUGCUCUCUGUCCACACAGCACAUAAUUGACUCCUUGGGAUUCUGCUUGUUUUGAGCCAGCGCUUGUGUUUUCUCUGCUCAUCCACUGCAGCUAGUGUGCUCUCGCUGGUGGAAGGUCUCUUUACUCCUUAAACAGCCACAGUUUCCCUUAGUUUGUGUUUGUAAAGAGACACAGAGCAGGUAACAAACAUAGACUGGAAAUUUUCUGAAUAAACUUAACUCACGAAUCCAGUCAACCACAAAGAAAAUAUAACAUCUUGUUCAGGAAUACAGCGUGCAGCAGGUUUGGUUGCGCUGUAUUCUUUUGCAGAGCUGUUGUUUUCAUCAAGGUGGAUUUUUCCUGACACAAGUUUACACUGUGUUGUUAUUCAGUGAAUUAUUUUGUUCAUCCUGAGCCAACAGUUUCUUUUCCUUUGAUAUCUCACCGAUAGUCCUGUUAAGUUGAAGCAUUUUCACUCUUGGUUAUUUAUUCGGGAAUAUUCAUGCCAGUCGUUUUCAUUACACGUCCUCUCCUCUCUCUGUCCCCGUCAGUCUGGUGGUGCUGGUGGCUCUCAACAUGCUGCUCUUCUACAAGCUGUACGCCCUGGAGAGAGCAGCUCAUACACUGGAGACAUGGCACUCCUACUCUGUCGCUGACAGGUAAACACCCCGCGCCGUUUUCCAUCCAAAUAUAGACUGGUAAUUAUAGGGGGUAAUCCUUUUGGGAUUUAAGGUCUUAAAUCUACCGCAGAGUUUUGAAAUAAGUGCAGCACAUCGACUCAACAAGCAACGAUAAAAACAUAUGAUGCUCAAAGUGUGAUAAUAUCAUUAAUAGAUCAUGCACAGCCUUGCCUUCGACGCUGAGAUAUCAUCUGUUUAUUUUCAGUUACUUACAUACUCGCACAUGAAACCUGGAAUUGUCCUGAAUGUCGGCCAAAAAAAUGAUCACAAUAUAUUUUGUCAUAUCGUCCGAUCUCGAUUAUUAUUACGAUUUUUUUUAAACUGCCAGUUUUUAAGCAUCUGUACUAAAAACUAAAGAAACUAGAGAUUAGUUCAACAUUUUAUUAACUUACGAAGUAAAUGACAAAGAAUAAGAUAAACUUAGAAAAAUAUAAAAACAUUUUAACUCAACAGAACAACAAAUGUAGAUAAAAACUAAAUAAUACAGUGAAUUAGUUUACAGUCCUGAGUGUUUUUGCAGGUAUGUAAGACCCGAAAUAAAAAAAUUUCUCCCUCUGGGAUAAUGAAGACGCCUUAAAAUGUAAACAUUAGAUGAUGUAAAUGUAGAUGAUAGGAUUGAUUGCUGCUUUGGUCUGAUGGCUGCACUGCUAGUUGUAGCUAAACUGCUCAUGCUAGUCACACCGUCAGCAGUGACAGGCUGUACAGACUCCGCUCACAUUUUCAUAUUUUCCGCAUAAUCACUCGGGAAGAACUUCUUUAAAUGAGUAAACAGAUCUGUUGUGUAGCCGGUUUUUGAGAGGACCGACAACCAACAUACCUACACAUCAGCUUAAUUUCUCGACGUCACUUUGGAGAUACCUGAACCACCGCCAAACAACUGACGGUGGAUAACUUCUUAAAAAUAACAUCUUCUGAGGAUGACUCAAAGUCACGGCUGACAUCUAUUUUGAUGUCCUCAGCUCCGCAUUUAGCUCCACAUUCGGUCAUCUUGUUAACCGCUCCUGUUUACUUCCCCGGCAACUUACAGAAGUGAGCAGGAAAAGCUCGACUCUGAUUGGCUGUUGUCACUCACAUUUCCUCUAUGUUUGAUCGAGUAAAUAUGCUCACAGCUGAUCACCGCGAUCGAACUGAAAUUCAUCACGAUCAUCGAUCAUGACCAUAGAAUCUCCCAGUCCUAUCUGAAUGUUUAGAAAAAUGUAAAUAAGUUUGUAGUUCUUGUUUCCUUUCCGGUGUCUAACUCUUCUUCGUCCUCCUCUGCUCGUCUCCUCUUCAGUCCGUUGCCUCAGACAGCUGGAGAGUGGGCUCAGGUUUUACAGCUGCAGAGACAGUUUCACCAGGCUCAGCUCAGCAAGUGGCAGCAGAUCCUGCAGUCCUCUGUCACGCUCCUUGACCAGGUAAGUGUGUUUGUGCACAUGCGAUCUCUGCUUGUAGAGUCAUUGUCAGGGAGCAGUCAGCUGGAAAUCUCACACGUCACACUGUUACGCAAUCAAGUGAAUCUGACACGACUUCUCUCUCUCACCCAUAUAUUCCAUAUUUGUCUCUCAGAUGAAGCAGUCUUUAGAAAAGCUCCACCGGGGCAUCGUGGUCCCAGAGGUGCAGCAGGAUCCCCCCGACGACACCACCGCAGAGACUCUGACUGACGCCUGA